AUGAAGUUCCAAUGGGAUGAACCACUGCCAUCCCAGCUCUCAUCACGGUGGCUCAUUAUCAGAAAAGAACUCACAAGCUUGAUCAAGCUCUCAAUACCUCGGUGGUACAACCAAGGUAGCACCUCUCAAACCACAUGGAGUACCUCGUCAGUGGAAUUUCACGGCUUUUCUGAUACUUCUCAACUGGCAAUGGCUGCAGUCGUAUUUAUCACCGUCCACGGCUCAAAUGGUACCACGAUUUCAUUGGUGUGUUCCAAAACAAAGGUAGCACCGCUCAAGCGGCUCACCAUCCCGAGACUUGAACUCACCGCAGCUCUGCUGCUCUCAAGACUCAUGCAAUACGUUCAAGCCACACUGAAGUUGAACGUCACAGCAACUCACCUGUGGACGGACUCUGUUGUGACACUCACGUGGAUCAAAUCUCAUGCAUCGCGCUGGAAGGAUUUCGUGAGAAAUCGGGUUUCUCAAAUUCAAGAGCUCACUGCGAACGCACAUUGGAAUACGUACCAGCGCCGACGCAAAACUCUGGACUUACACUCAGCUUUGGAGGAGGCCAGAUUUUUCUGGAUUAAGGCUACUCAAGCGGCAUACUUCACGCACGAGAUCGAGAUGCUCACGGCCAACUCGAGACUACCAACUGCUCACGCAUUCAGUCGAUUGACUGCGUAUAUAGACGCUCAAGGGAUCAUCCGAGUUGGCGGCCGCCUCAACCAAUCAGCACUAGAUCAAGACAACCAACAUCAGGCGAUUUUACCUCGCCACUUCUCAACCUUAAUCAUCGCUCACGCCCAUUUGCGCACCCUGACUAGAGGAACUCAGCUGACAUUGGCUCAUGUCAGGCAAGGCUACUGGAUCAUCGGCGGACGGGCUCCGGCACAAAGGUCGGCUCAUUAUCUGCAACGCCAGCAGGCGAUAUCCAAGUGGCAUCAUCCUAACAACAACAUCAAGAUGGGUUCCAUCGUGCUGCUCACCGACGAACGCUCUCCACCGUGCAAGUGGCCACUCACCAGAGUACCAGCUUUGCACCCCGGCAAGGAUGGACUCACCAGGGUGGUUACCCUCAAGACGGCCACCACGACACUCAAUCGGCCAAGUGCCAAGCUCGCCAUAUUACCCAUUUCAACCAAAGGAAGGAUCAAGA